AGGAGGACCAGUACACGGGAAUAUCCCCACAACACGAGCAGGUGCCCUGUCUGCAGCACCAGGUGCUAUUCCCAUCCCAUUUCCUUGCACUGCAGAACCUAGUUAGAGACUGCUCAGAAGGCUGGACUCAUGCCACUGCUUCCUAGCAACACCCAGCUUGACAUUCUUUGAGCCUAAGGCAUGCUGGGGCAGUCGUACCCUCUGCAGCACUGCCUUCCUCUCUCCCUUGGGAAGCAGCAGGCAUGUGGCUGUGCUCCCUCUGAGCCCUCUCUCCAUCUGACUUCCAGGUACGUCCCAAUGUGGCGCGUGGUGAUCGGGGCCACCCAACUGUCUCAGCUGGGCCCUGAGGUCCAAGUGCGUGGUAUUAAGCAGCUGAUCGUUCACGAACUCUACACCAACAUCUCAGAGGGGAAUGACAUCGCCUUGCUGGAAUUGGACCGGCCUGUCCAGUGCAGCGACUACAUUCAGCUUGCCUGUGUGCCCGACGCCUCACUGGCAGUGUCUCAGCUGACAGACUGCUACAUCAGCGGCUGGGGUUCAAUGGAUGCAAGAUGUGAGUUCCCAAAAGGCAUUCGUGUCCCCAGGGCAAGCUUGGCACACCGGGGGCAUGGCCCGGGCUCCCUGGCAGCAGAGGCAAGAGGCAGCGUCAGGCUGCAAGGACGUAUGCCUCGAGAGAUGAGCCUGACCCACUCAGAGCAAGACUGA